AUGACAUAUGGAAAACUAUUAUCUACUUAUAUUGUUCCAUCAAGAGUUAAAUCCAUUGGUAACAAUGCAAUUAAUUCUUUACCAAGAUAUAAUGAAGAGACAAGAAAAGUUGUUGAUUUUGGAUUAACAACAUUGGUCAUCAGAACAAAAGUAAAAUCAGAUCAAUCACCUGUUUAUAAUGCUCCUUAUUUACAUAAUCUUUGUUAUGGAGGUUCAGUCAAAACUGAAGGUUUUAAUGAUGUCCCAAGAGUUUUUGUUGCUGAUUAUUAUGCAAGAUCAUUAUGGAAUCAAAAUCCAAAAGUAGUGGCAAUAAAAGCUGAAUGUGAUUCAGCUGUUCCAUUCGAGAAUUAUGCAAAAUAUGAUUAUACUUAUCCAAAGAAUCCGAGAUAUAUAUCUCUGCCAGAGCAAAUACUUCCACAAGAUAGUAAAAAAUGCCCCUUAUUCGAUGACCCAUAUGAGAUACCAUAUGUUAAACCAGAAAAUUCUCCAAAAGAAGGAGAUACAGAUGUAGAGAAUUCAACUGAAACAGUUUCAGAAUUAUCUCUCUCCGAAAACACAUAUACAUCAGCAUUUAUGAGUGAAGAAAAAGCAACUACAGAAAAAAGUUCAAUGCCAUUACUGACUUAUAUUUUAAUUGCUCUUGCAGCAAUCGAAGUAUUGAUGAUUGCAGGUUUGAUUGCAUUUUUGAUACAUAAGAGAAAUGAAGAGAGUUCAGAUGAAAGUUUUGUUGAAAUGUCUGAACAUAUAAUAUCUAAUAUUUCUGCAAGCACGACAUUUACAAAUCCACUGUUUUCAAUGAAUACUAUGGAUGAUGAUCCAUUUGCUAGUGAUUUUGAUGAUCCUUCUGAAACUGAAGCAGAAGUAGGUGAUUUUAUUGAUGAUAGUUUGUGUGAUGCUUAA